AUGUCGUGUUGCGUGGAGGAGGUGGAGGAGGUUGAGGAGGUAGAGGUGGAGGAAGAGAAGAAGGUGGAGGAAGUGGAGGAAGUGGAGAAGUCGGUGCAAGAGAGUGUGUGUCCAAGUGUGUGUCCUGUCUGUCUUGUCUGUCUGGCCUGCUUUUCUUUCUCCUCAAAUGACGUUCGAUCUUGUCUGGCUGACGGUCCAUUUAAUCUUCGUGUCCACUUUGUUGGCGUGCACUUUCAGGACGAAUUCUGGCGCCACCAACGCAUCCACAUCAAAGAGGAGAAACGACUCGAGUGCGAC